CUUCCUCCGGAAGUCGCAGGGGGCCGCUCUUUCCGCUCCGCUCGUUGGUGGCGAGGUCGCCGAGCCGGUAUCCCGGGAGGACUUGGCCGCGGACCCGCCGCGCGAAAGCCGUGUGGAGGUUAUGGAUGAUAAGCCCGGUCCUGGACCACUGAGUGAGACUUCAGAAUUUCUCUUCUCCUUUGGAGUUAUAGCAGAUAUUCAGUAUGCUGACUUAGAAGAUGGCUAUAAUUUCCAAGGAAACAGACGGCGAUACUACAGACACAGUCUGCUCCACUUACAAGGUGCUAUCGAGCACUGGAAUACAGAAGGCAGCCCGCCCCGCUGUGUACUUCAGCUUGGAGACAUCAUUGACGGAUAUAACGCGCAGUAUAAAGCCUCUGAAAAGUCGCUGGAACUUGUUAUGAACACAUUCCAGAUGCUUAAAGUUCCCGUUCAUCAUACAUGGGGGAACCAUGAGUUCUAUAACUUCAGCAGAAACUACUUAACAAAUUCUAAACUUAACACAAAGUUUCUGGAAGACCAGAUUGUGCACCAUCCCGAGACCGUGCCUUCAGAGAACUACUAUGCUUAUCAUUUUGUACCGUUCCCUCAAUUCCGGUUCAUUUUACUGGAUGCUUACGACUUGAGCGUCUUGGGCGUGGAUCAGUCCUCUGCAAAAUACCAGCAGUGUCUGAAGAUACUGAAGGGUCACAAUCCAAACUCGGAAUUGAAUAGUCCUCAAGGACUGUCUGAGCCCCAGUUUGUCCAGUUCAAUGGAGGAUUCAGCCAAGAGCAGCUGAACUGGUUGAACGAAGUCCUCACCUUCUCGGACACAAACCAGGAAAAGGUGGUGAUUGUGAGCCAUCUUCCCAUUUACCCAGAGGCCUCUGACAGUGUGUGCCUGGCCUGGAAUUACAGAGACGCGCUGGCCGUCAUUUGGUCCCACAGGUGUGUCGUGUGUUUCUUCGCCGGUCACACUCACGAUGGUGGCUACUCCGAGGAUCCUUUUGGUGUGCACCACGUCAACCUAGAAGGGGUUAUAGAGACGGCGCCGGACAGCCAGGCUUUUGGCACCGUUUAUGUCUACCCUGACAAGAUGAUGUUGAAAGGGAGGGGCAGGGUUCCGGACAGGAUCAUGAAUUAUAAGAGGGAGAACGCCUUCCGGUGUUAGUCUGGCUCACUGCGUUUCACGUCGUUUGCCUUUGGAGAGAGAGAGCACGGCUGAGCUUUGUGUUUUUGUUCAUCUCCCCCCCCCCCCCCCCCCCCCCCGGCCCCGAACCCUCGGGCUCCUUGCUUAGUAUUCUCUUUGCACGACAAAACGGAUCUGUGGCCUCGGUGUGCGUCAGCUCACGAGAUAUUCUGAAGUGUCGUUUUUGGAUAACAGAUCCGGUGCUGAGAACUGGACACAGAAUGAAUGCAGGUGGCGUGAAUAAACCAGGGCAGAGACUGAGGGGGGGUGGUCGAGUCCUCAAGACAGACUUCAUUUAGCCUGAUCUGGAAUUUUUUUUUUUUUUUUUUUUUUUUUUUUUUUUUACCAAGGAGGAUAUAUUCAUGUAUUAACCAUGUAACUUAACGUUCGUAAUAAUAAAAUAAGCUCAGGUCAACUCUUUCUGUGUAUCCUGCUGUGUGAAUGAGCUUCGGACUUUUUUUUCUCAGAAUACCCAACAUAUUUGUACAUUUAUUGGCUUGUAUUCCUGUCCUAUAAACAAAGUAAGUUGUCUCACGGGUGAAUGUGUGGUCCCUUCCACGCGAGGCCGUGAGAAAGGCCUCUGGAGAAGUCACGCGGUCCCCUCGUGAUUCUGAGUAAAGCGGGAUCAAGGGCUGGCACAGCCGUGUACCUGCUGGCGUGGCCCCUCUGGGCAGCAGCUAGUGCUGUGUGAGACUGCAGGGGGGAAUGAGUUGACUCUCCGCUCCCCGUCUAGACGAAUGGGGCACGUUGACUCGGCUGUCCCACGCGCUAAGAUUUCUUUGCGGAAACAUUUACUAGAUGGCGAACGGGACCGUUGAAGCUUGGAGCAGGUUUGAGUCAGGGCCUAAAGAAACACCAAGCGAGAAGACACCGAUACUAGUCAGCCUGAGUGUACCUGCCGAGCGCCUGGGCUCCGGGGGCGAGGGGUGUGUUCGUGUUCUGUGGCUGCUGCGGCAAAUUACCCCCACGUUGGUGGCUUAGAUUGCGCGUAUCUGAUGUUUCUGGAGGUCGGAAGUCUGAAACCACAUUCCCUGGGCCAAGCUCAAGUUGUUGUCAGGGCCGCGCCCCCUCGGGAGUCUCUGCGGCAGAAUCUGUAUCCCAGCUUCUAGAGCCUCCAUUCUCAGAGCCACCAGUGCAGCCUCUUCAAGCCUCCCUCUGCCUCCCUCUGCCUCCCUCUCUCUCAUCGGGACGGCUGGGAUUACGGGGAGACACCAACUGGCCGAUCCAGGAUCGUCUCCCCACCUCAAGACCCUUAACUUGAUCGCGUGUGCACAGUCUACUUUGUGAUGCAAGGUUAACAGUCCCAGGCUCUGGGGGUCGGACCGGGCGAUCUUUGGGGGCCGUUAUUCGGCCUACCAGAAGGGUGACUGUAAUGCGCUCCCUGCAUUCACCGACUUUACCAUCCGUAGAUACAAAUGUGUGAAGAGAGGCCUGGGAAUGCGGAGCGGGGGGGUGGUUCGCUUUUGUUUCACGGGAUUAGGGAGGACUUGAAAAAGGAGGAAAAGGGUCUUGAUGGGGUGUUAGGCAGAAGAGCAUCAGCAGAGGUUAAAGGGCACGCUGAGCUGAGUGGCAAGUAAUGCUGUGUAGACUCCCUGAAAGGUGCCUGGGGUUAUGGCAAGAAAUAGCGAAGGCAGAGGACCGGCGAGGGCCGUGUUGUGAAGUCUUGAACGAUGAGCCCGGAGUUAGAAGUGAGCUUGUCAGGUUUCUGAGCUGGGGAAGUGUGGUUACAGGUGCCUCUCAGUCCUCGCAGGAGGAGAGGCUGAUGGGGAAGAGAAAAGAUGGGCGGGAAGGCAGGGGCUCUGAUAAUAGAAACGUUAAGGUUGCUUAAAUUCAGCGGAGAAACAGAGUUCACAACAAUCUUAGUGCCUUUCCGAAGGCAGCACUCCUACCAGAAGUUUUCUGUGCUCAGAGAUCUAAAAGGAGCUGCGUGUAUUCACAGAAUUCACAGUGAUAUGGGGGCCGCAGAUACGAUGAAAGUGUAUUUUUUUUUUUUUCAACGUUUAUUUAUUUUUGGGACAGAGAGAGACAGAGCAUGAACGGGGGAGGGCAGAGAGAGAGGGAGACACAGAAUCAGAAACAGGCUCCAGGCUCUGAGCCAUCAGCCCAGAGCCCGACGCGGGGCUCGAACUCACGGACCGCGAGAUCGUGACCUGGCUGAAGUCGGACGCUUAACCGACUGCGCCACCCAGGCGCCCCUGAAAGUGUAUUUUGAACGUCACUUCUUUUUUAAAAAACUGGAACAUUACUGUCUUUUAAGCACAGAAGCAGGCAUUCCUUGGAUGAUAGAUAGAUCCUAUACAGGACUUGCAAACAAAUCCAUUUCUUCCUGUGUAACUUUGGUAGUGACAUCAAAAGAGGUGUAAGAACCAUCAGUCUCAUGCGAACUAAGUGUGCACUGGAGCACUGAAAUCCUUUAUGUGUAUUUUAUUGACCUUGAAAUAAAUUUCACGUCGGUUGCUUACAA